UUGAUUCAUUGAAAAAUCAAAGAAAUCUUUCAUCUAAAAUAAACUCAUCAUCAUCGACCAAUGUUUGAUAAAGACAAAAUUCGAAUCACGUAAAAACCAUAAAAUCAUCAAACCAAUCAAUAAUUGGAGGAAAUAAAAAAAAAAAAUGUUGGAAAGUUUUGCAGCCUGGAUUCUGAACACCUAUAUUGGUGAUUAUUUUGGCAAUGUCAAUACACAUCAGCUUCGUAUGUCAUUGAAAAAUGGCGAAAUCGAAUUGGAACAUCUACCAUUGAAACGUGAUCUAAUCAGAUAUCUAGGUCUACCAUUGGAAGCAAAUGAUGGUUUCAUUGGAAAAAUUUCUAUAAAAUUUCCUAGCUGGAGUUCAUUCACAUCUGAACCAUUAGUGAUUAGUAUUGAAGAUUUAUUCUUGAUUGUCAAGCCGAUUACAAAUUUUUCGUAUAAUGAAGAAGAAGAAAAUCGUUCACAACAAGAAUUUAAAAUAUCACAAUUAGAUAUGAUGGAACAACGAUGGAAAGCAUUACAUGAUGAUGAUCUUGCUGAACCACAUUCAUAUUAUUCAUCAUCAUAUUCAUCGUGGCUAAAUUAUGGUUCAUCAUUGAUAAAUAAUGUUUUGAUGAAUAUUCAUCUGAAAAUAUCAUCAAUACAUGUACGUUAUGAAGAUAAUUCCACCAUACCUGGCUGUCCAUUUGCCACCGGUAUUGUUAUACGUAGUCUUACGUUGUGUUCAACAGAUGAAAAUUGGCAACCAAAAUUUGUGACCACACAGAAUCAUAAAGGAGAAUCAAAUGUUAAUGAAAAUUUUCUAUUCAAAUUAAUCGAUUUAGAAUCAUUCGCCUGUUAUAUGGAUACAGAAACAUUACUGUUUGGUGAAUAUGAUCUAGAUACAAUGGUCGAUCAUAUGCGACAAACAUUGGAUAGAAAUAUUAAUCAUAAAAAUAUUCCAACUGAACAUGAUUAUAUGAUUGCACCGGUGAAUGGAAAAUGUUUUAUGAAAAGAAAUUGUACAGAAAUGUCAUUGAAAUCUUGUAAACAACCACGUACGGUUAUCGAUGUACAAUUGGAACGUGUACCAAUUAUGAUGACCGCCAUUCAAUAUAAACAUCUAUUAGAUUGGAGUUUAGCAUUUCAAACACAGAAAACACUAUGGCGUUAUCGUAAAUGGCGACCAAUGAUUAUUAAUCAUGGUCAAUCUAUACGGAAAUCCGAAAAUGAUCAACAACAACAACAACAAGAUGACGAGGAUGAUGAUGAUGAUGAUGAUAUUUCAAUUCGUUAUGAAUUUAAACCGAAAACAUGGUGGCAUUUUGCUGUCAAUGCAAAUCUAGAAGAAUAUCGUCAACGAAGACAACGUUUUAAUUGGCAUUUUAUUCUACAACGUGUACGUGAUAUUAUUGGUUAUCAUCGUGCAUACAUUUGUUAUCUAAUUUAUCCAGAAUCAUUUUCACGUGAUCUACGUUGCCUAAAAGAACGUGUUGAAAAUGAAUUUACAUUAGAUGAAUUGUGUUCAAUACGUGAAAUUGUAUUUUGGCGUGCAAAUCAAAUACUAAAACGACAAAUGAAUCCAUCUGAUUUGAAUAAUGGUGGUAACAACAAAUUGAACAUUACAGAACAACAACAAUCCGGUGGUGGUUAUUGGUUUUUACCAUAUAAUGUUUUAUCAAAUCUUUAUUACAAUUAUGCUUCCAACAGCAGCAACAACAACAACAGAUCAAGAAUCACCAACAGAAGAUAUUAAAUCUGAACAACAAGAUGAUGAGAAGAAGAAAUGGAUUUUCAUUCAAGUAAACGUCGCCAUUUAUCACAAUCAUCAUUAAAUCUAUCGACAACAACAAUUACAGAUGAUAUAUUUCUUACACGUGAUGCUAUUUAUUGUCAAUUUAAUUUUCAAAUACAUAAUUCAUCAUUUCAAUUGAUGGCAUUCAAUAAUCUUACAUCAUCACAAUCAUAUGAACAGACAUUUAUUUCAUCAUCACAGCAACAACAACAGCAGCAACAAGGAAAUUUAAUAUUGGAAUUUGAAUUUAAUCAAAUGAAAAUUGGUGUCGAUGUAACAAAUCCAAAUGCAUAUGCUUGUAAUUGUCAUAAUCGUGGCGGUGGUGGUGUUGGUGGUGGUGGUGGUCAACAGCUUAUUCGAACAACAGCUGAUUAUCAUCAAAAACAACAACAACAACAACAACAACAGAAAACUAUAUUUCUUACACAAAAUGAAUUGAAUCAAUUACAAUUGGAUUUAAAUUUUGAAUGUCAAAAUCUAAAUCUAACAUUAUUACGUACAGAUGAUAUUACAACAGCUGUAAUAAUAGCUGAUGAUGAUGAUGAUGAUCAACAUUCGAAUUUGAAGAUGGAAAAAAUAGCAACGGCUACAUUGACUGGUUGUGGUUGGCAAUUUCGUUUUAGUACCAAUAUGUUAUCAAUUGAUGGACGUAUGGAUUCAUUAGAAUUAUUGGAUCUAAUUACGGCCACAAAUAAUGUUAAUCAUCAUCGUCGUGUAUUAUCGAUUGGAAAAAUUAUCAACUCGGAUAAUAAUAAUAAUGAUGAUGAUGGCAAUGAUGAUAAUGAUGGAACAUCAGAAUCAUCGACAAUUCCAGUGGAAAAGGCAUUAAUAUUUUCAUUAUCAAGACAUAUGAAUGAAAAUGUUUUACGUUUGAAUAUUGAAAUGGCAUCAUUUUGUUAUGUACAUUCAAGCAUCCUAGUAUAUGAAUUAUCAUUAUGUAGAAAAUGUUUUACCGAUGUUUUGGAAGCAUAUUUUUCACGUUCAUUUAAAGAACGUGUACGUGCUGCAACCACAGAAGUAUUACGUGGAAUUGUACCCGAAACAACAACAACAACAGCGGAUGAUUCAACAGCUGAACAAUCGAAUGAUAUACAAUCAACUAGUUCACCGCCACCACCAUCUAGUUCUUCUUCUUCUUCUUCGCAAUUGUUGCGACCAACAUCAUCGACAUCGAAAUUAUCAUUAUUUAAAAUGCAAACAAAAUCACAUGGUCGACAGAAAACAAAAUUUAAAUCCAAAACUAAAUCAAUGGCAAAUCCAUUUUUGGAUAAUUUUAAAUUGAACAUUUUCAUACGUUCACCGAUUAUAAUUUGUCCAAUUUCACCAUCCAGUUAUGAAGUGGUCGUAUUUCAUCUUGGCCAUAUGUUAUUGAAUAAUCAUAAUCAUUCUACUGAUAUAAUUCGAACGAUUGGUCGUCAAGAAAUGAUUGUAUGUAAACCAUCAUCACAACAGCAACGACAACGAAAAUUUGGCAUAACCGUUAAUCAAUCACCAUUGCCAAUACAGAAUCAUUCAACAAAUUCUUCGUCAUCGACUACUACCACUACUUCAACAUCGAAUAAUUCUUAUAAUGCCGAAAUUCGUGAUCUAAGUAUUUAUUCAUUGGAUUGUGUGAAAAAUAUCGAAAAAUUUGCUCAACGAAAACAUUAUCCAUCGGAUCGAUUGAAUCGAUCACAACCAGAGCUUUAUAUACCGGUGGAAAAAUUUUAUUACUGUGAUAUGUUUGGUGUACCGAUACUACAGAAAACUGUGAUUGAAAUUGUACUUGAACGUAAAAUUCUUUUUUCAUCACUAAAUGAUUCAAUGACAUCAUCAUCAUCAUCAUCAUCAACAUCAACAUCAACAAUGACAACAACAACAACUUCAACUGCUGUAUCAUCAAAAUCUAUUGGUAAAAAAUCAUCAGAUUCAGUCAAUAUAGUCGAUGGAUUAAAUCUAAUAAGUUCAGUGAAUAGUAUUGAUCCAUUAGUAUUGCCGAAAAAAUUUUCUAUUCGUCAACAUUUUUAUCCUGAUCAAUUAUCUUCAUCAUCGUUUAUUGGUGGUGAAAGUGUACGACAUCAUAAAAAUAGUAAAAACAUUACUACAGCAAAACCAGAAAUGGUUCUUUCUAUUGAAAUUUCAACCAUUGAUGUACGAUUCUCAUAUACAGAUUUAUUGGUUUUCUGGCAUAUUCUUAAUACAUUGACUUCGAUUGAACAACAGCCACAGCCUGUUUCUUCAUCGAUCCAUCCACCAUCAGCAUUAGAUCAGAAUAAAACCGUUUUGAACAAUAUAACAAAACAAAAUGAUGAUGAAGAUGAUGAAAUGAUGGAAAUGUUACAGCAGAUAACAUUAUCUAGUUCCGGAUUGAAUGCCGAAGAAUUUCGUUGUCGAUUAAAUAAUCUGAUUGAUCUGGGUUUCAAUCCACGUGAUAGUCUUCGUGCAUUAGCAUUGAAAAAUGGUGAUAUUAUUGAAGCAGCAUAUAUGCUUUCCAGUCCAACAACAAGUGAUGUACAACAAAAAAAUGAUGAUUUAAUUAAUCAAAAUUCCGAUACAGAUAAUCAUUCACAAUCAUGUACAUCGGAAAUAUCGGCUGCUACGACUACGGAUGUGGCAAUGAUGACUACAAUAGCUUCAAUGAAUUUACAAAAUGAUAAUAGUGGUAAUAAAUUGAAUGGAGAAAAACGAAAGAAAAAUCCAAAUCGAUCUCGAUCAUCAUCGAAUUUAUUAUUAUCGAUAUUAUCGGUGAUUGAAGUAAAAAUUGCUAAUGGUUCCAUCAGAAUUAUUGAUGAUUGUAAUCAACUUGAUCUACCAUUAUUGGAAUUGGGUGUUACAGAUUUUCGUUUGAUGCAAUAUUAUACCCGGUCUGUUGAAGCACAUGCACAAACAAAUUUUUAUUGUGAUUAUUAUAAUUCACAUUUAUCUGGUUGGGAACCAUUCAUUGAAAAUUGUCAGAUUGCUUUUUCAUGGAAACAUCAUGAACCACGUUGUCAUUUGAAAUCAAUGUUAAAUACAGCUGCGAUUGCAUCAACAAAUCGUAUACCUGUUGCAAGACAAAAAUUAGCAAUAAAAAUUGAAAUUAGAAAAAUGUUUAAUCUGAAUGUUUCACGUACAUUGUUGGAUUUGAUUGAAAAAGUUCAUCGUGAAUGGCGACAAGAUAUUGAAAAUUUUAUGUCAUUACCAUCGGAUCGUCGUACAUUUCGUCAUCGUCAACCAUUCAUACCGUUUGCAUUGAAAAAUGAUACUGGUACUGAUCUGCAUAUGUUAUUAUCGAAUUCAAGAAAAAUGUUCUCCACAGAAGCAGCCGAUUUGAUUACACCUUGUGAUUUGAAACCCAGUCUUGAUGUACAAGCCGAUCAUAUUGUUUAUUUUGAUUGUGUUGAUCUAUUACAUUCAUCAUCAUUAUCAUCAUCAUCGAAACAAAAUUCAAGCCAUAAACAUCAUCGACAAAAUUUAUUACCACCACGAUCAUCAAUAUCGUCAACAAUUUCACCAUUAAAAAUCUAUAUAAAAGUUGAUGGUUGGCAAGAAACAUUUCCACUGUCAAUAGAACGUGAAGGAACAUUUAUUCGUCACGUUAUAUCUGAACGGUACACAAAUCAAUCAGCUAUUUUGGUGUUUGAAAUUCGAUUACAAUCGACAGCAAUCAAAUUGAUUACAGUUCGAUCAUCAUUGUUGAUAACAAAUCGUACAACGAAAAUGGUUGAAUUAAAAUUCGUUAAUACAGCAAUGUCCGAUGUACGUACAUCGUAUAUGAUUGCACCACAAGGAAUAUUUCCCGUACCAUUGGAUUUAUUAUAUGCAAGAAUUCAAUUACGUCCAUGUGAUCUAGGUAUUGGUACCUGUUCUACUUAUAUAAAUUGGAAUCAUGUACGAAAAUUCGGUGAACUAGAUUGUUCAUUACAGAUUUGUACACCGAUCACUCAUACACAACAUGGAUCAUAUUCAAAAUCACAAGCAUAUGUUGUAUCCGUAUUAGUCGAACGAAAUUCCAUCGGAGCAUUGAUUGAAUCAAGAAAUAUUUUUCGUCAAUCAAAUCAAACAUUGAAUAAUGCCGGUAUGAUGAUGAUGAUUCCAUCGCCAAAAAUAUCACCAUUAGUUACAUUACCAUCGCAUACGAUAACAUUGCUACCACCAUUACAAUUGGCUAAUCGUUUGCCAUAUGAAUUACGAUUUAAAAUUUUAAAUAGUCAAAAUGGACAAGAAUUAUCGUCAUCAUCAUCAUCUGCAUCGACUGGAACAAUAAAAUCUGGUGAUGAUUAUUCUGUACAUUAUAUUUCUCCACUUGAAUCAUUUAGUAUUGAAUUUCAAAUGGAACAUUUUCCACGUUGUCGUCCAUUACAAAUUGAACCGGGUGCUAUCAAAAAUUUUGAAACCCAUAUCGAUAUGUAUGAUGCACGUAAUCGAUUGUUAAUACUGAAUGCACAUAUUGUCGUACAAAAUGGUUGUCCAAAACCAUCGAAUGCAAUGACAAUAACCAUUUAUGCACCAUAUUGGAUUGUCAAUCGUAGUGGUUUACCACUUGUAUUUGCACAAGAUGGUGGUGGUGGUGGUGCCACGAAUCUAAUUGAAGAAGCUGCCGGCCAAUAUGAAGAACAUGAACGUGCACGAUCAAUAUCACCAUUAUUAUUUAGUUUUGCUAAUCCAGAUUCAUCACAAUAUUGUAUAAUGCGUUUAGGACGAAUGUUACCGAAUAUGUCACCAAGAUGGUGUAAUUUAUUCUGUUUGGAAAAAGGUACAUUUUAUCGUCGUUUACGGGUUACAGAAUAUUCCCCUGAAGAUAGUAUACCACAAGAAAAAAUCUAUGAAUUCGGUAUCGAUAUUCGUCAAGGACGUGAUCGUUAUAAUCAAACAAAAAUUGUUACUAUUGCACCACGAUUUCAGAUUGAAAAUCUAACUAGUUUUAAACUGGAAUUUGCACAAAAAUGUUUCAUUUAUCCAGAUGUUAUUGUUGGUGGUGGUCAAUCGUCGAAUUUCAUGGAAUCAUCAAAUGUACAUUUCACACCAUCAUCAAUGUCAAGUCCAAUUAAAACUGGUCACCGAAAUUCAUUUAGUCGUCGUUUAAGUUCACAAAGUGGUAGUAAUAGUAGUGUUGGUGGUUAUCAUCAUGAUUUCGUUGUGGAAAAAUCACAAAUGAUAUCAGCAUUACCUAAAUCAAAUAUGCCAUUCCAUUGGCCAGCAACGGAUCGGCCAAAAUUAUUAUGUGUACGAAUAGCAUCAUUAAUCGGUUGUUUAUGGUCCGGUUGUUUUGAUGUUGGUUCUGAACCAUCGGUAUCUUUUCAGCUGAAUAUUCGUGACGAUUCUGGACGUUCGAAUUUUAUACGUGUAGAAAUUCUAUUACAAAAUGCAACAUAUUUUAUUGUUUUCACCGAUGCCAAUAGUUUACCACCACCGAUACGUGUGGAAAAUUUUUCUCAAGUUGCCAUUGAAUUCUGUCAGAUUGAUUGUACACAACAUCGUACGAUUGUAAGGCCAAAUUCAUCAGUGCCAUAUGCAUUGGAUGAACCAACACAGCCAGCACAUCUGACUGUUUGUGCACCGGGUGGUUCAUCAUCAACAUAUGAUCUGAAUUCAUUUGCACCAGGUAAUAUAUUGACAUAUGAUAAUUUCUAUUAUUUAGCAUUUGAAGAAACUUUUACAUCAACAACAAUGGUUGGUGGAUCAAUGUUUGGCUAUAACGGUGGUUAUAUGGAUGAUGAUGCUGAACAAUUAAUGUAUAUGAUGAUGGCUGGACCUGAUUUAUCAUUCGUUGAAAAUGAUGUUGGAUCUAAAAUGCUUGUUUUAGAUGUACCAGAUUUUGAUAUACCGAAUAGUCCAAUGUCAGAUACAUUUCCUAUUGGUGGUGGUGGUGGUGGUGGUAUAUUGGAAUCUGAUCGACCUAAACCAGUAUUUCUUGGACGUAAAGAACGUGCUAAACGUAGUCAAUUAUGGCGUCUAGAUCAAUUGAAUCAUUUGAUACAUGAAGGAUCAUCACCGCCUACUGAACCACCUGGAUUUCAAGAUUUAGGUUAUGCUGAAGUUAGAUUUCCUCCAACAUUGUUAUCAUCCACUUUAAUGGUUUUAGAUGUAAUGGAUGAUGAAAUGGAUAAUUCAUCAUCAACAUCAGCUAAUAUUGUUUCGAUACCAUUGGCUGUACGUAAAUUGAAUCAACAACGUUCAUCAACACAAACAUGGUAUUUCACUGAAGAUGGCCGUCUUCGAUGUCUAAAAUAUUGGAAUAUGUUUGUUCAACCAAUUGUUUUGACCACUACAACAUCGACUACUACUGGAUUAAAUGAUUUAUUUCAAACUGGUACAAUGGCCGUUAUAGCCAUUGGACCAACUGAAUCAUCAAUGACAAAAACGACAAUACCAAAACAACAGGCAGUGAUUAAACAAAAAAUGCGUAAAGGAUCCGGUGUUUUAAACGUGUCCAUAUUAGCCGAUGGUCCAAGCCGUGUAUUGAGAAUCAAAGAUAAUCAAUUGACAGCAAAUGGUCGACAAUUGAAUCUAAUACAAUUUAAUCGUUCUGAUCAUGGUUCAAACACCAGUAAUGGUGGUGGUGGUGGUGGUACAUCACAAUUAAAUGAAUUACUCAACACGACGAAUACAAUGGCUGAACAAAGUUUUCUAAUACGUAUGUUAAAUAAAACUGAAUUAGAAUUACAACUACAAGUGGAUUCUAUUGGCAUAUCGAUCAUAUCGAAAACGAAUGAAGAAAUUGUGUUUUUAUUUAUGAAAAAAAUCAUUUUAGAAUUACUUUGUAAUCCAGCUGAAUGUCGUUUGAAUUGUGUUGUCGAAGAUUUUCAGGUCGACAAUCAAUUAUUGGAUUCAGAAAAAGAAGUUGUCUUAUAUGUGACAAAUUUGGAUUCACAACAUCAGCAGCAGCAAUCGGAUCAGGAGCCGCCUUCAUCACCAUCAAGAUCGAUUUCAACAAUUACAACAAUGGCAGGACAACGAAUCAUUAUUGAACGUCCAGCCAUCACGUUUAAUUUGCAUAAAUUAUUUCUGCCAAAUGUUGAGAUUAAUGUUUUUAAGAGUCUACAAAUUAGCAUAAAUGAUCUGGUGUUGAAUAUUGAAGAAUUAGUUUUAUUGAAACUAUUGGAAUUUAUUCAAUAUGAUCCAGUCGAUUCAGAAAUGGAUGAAAUUAGUUCAUCAUCAUCAGCUGCAAUUGCUGCUGCUGCUGCUUCUACAACGGCAACAAAUCCAUCAUUAUUAUAUCAUACAUCAGGAAAUGUUGUCUCCAGUUCAUUAUCACGUUCAGCACAAUAUUUUUUUGCAUUUUUAUUAAUUCAAUUACGACGUGUCAAAUUGUCCGUAUUCACUUCGACAUCGACCAUUGGUCGUUAUCUUAAUGAAUUGAAAAAGAAAGCCGGCAUAAAAUUGAUUCGUUUUGAAGAAGCAUUGAUACAAUUGAAACCAUUCCAUAAGGUUUAUAGCCUGAUGACCAGACGUUUUCUUCAGGAUUCAAUACAUGAACAUUAUCGUAGUGAACUAAGAAGUCAAGCGGCAAAAAUUCUUGGAACAGUAGAUUUCCUUGGCAAUCCUGUUGGUUUUAUCAAUAAUUUUGUCGAAGGAUUGAAUGAAUUCUAUUCCGAUGGUAGUAUUCGUGGAUUAAUUAUGAAUGUUACUCAUGGAAUAUCUGAUUCUACGGCUAAAGUUACAUCGGUUUUAUCCGAAUCAUUGGGAUUUGUUACAAUGGAUGAUCGUCAUCAAGAAAUACGUAGAAAAAUUAAACAACAAACUGGUGGUAUCGGUGGUCAACGAUCACAUUUGGUUGUCGGUGCAUUUGGUUUAGCACAUGGUAUAUUGGGUGGUAUUACAUCGGUGAUUACGCAAACCUAUGAUGGUAUCGUUAAUCAUGGUGGUGUCACUGGUUUUUUAUCUGGUUUGAGUAAAGGUGUUUUGGGUACAUUUACAAAACCAGCUGUUGGAAUGUUAGAUUUUGCAUCUGGUGCCGCAACCGCUGUACGUGAUUCAAGUCGUAAAGCAUGUUUUGGUAUAAAUGGUAGACAAGUACGACGUGUACGAUUACCACGUACAUUAACAAUCGAUGGUCGUCUAACCCGUUAUCAAUCACAACAAUCACAAUGGCAAUCACGAUUCUAUAAUACAACUGAUUUCGGUACCCAACGUGAAUAUGGUGAACAAUUUGUUCAUGUAUUUCCAUUAUCAGAUCGUCAUUUUGUUUUAUUGACCACCGAACGAUUGUAUUUUUUUCAUGCACCAAUACGUAAAUGUCAACUGCCAUCAGAAGAUGUAUGGGAUGAUGAUGAUAAUCAUGAUCAUCAUGGUGAAUUUCGUCAUCAACAAGAUUUGAUUCUAAUGAAUUGUCCAAUACAACAGCUACAGAUUCUUUUACUGGAUUCAUUUUAUGAAUGUAAUCAUCAUCGUAUGAUGUUGAAUGAUGGUGAAUAUUUUCUGAAAACACAAUCUUGUUGUACAGAUUUAACAUCAACGAUUGGAACACAAUUGGAACUGGAUAAUCAUCAUCAUCAUCAUACGACUGCGGUAGACGAAUCAUCAUCAUCAACAUCGACAACGGCAAUUAUUUGUCAUUUUAUUGAAUUUCGUCAAACACCACCAACAAGAUCAAUGUCCAAUUGUAUGUCACCUGUACAUUAUCAUAAUGAUGGUAUUGGCACACAACAAUCUACAGCAACAAAAUUACGACGAAAUUCUAAUCAUGAAGAUUCUCAUCAUCAUCAUCAUAAACAAAAUUUUGAAUAUCCAUCACAUUUAAAUCCAUGUUAUGUUUAUUGUGAUUCACCACGAAUGAUACAACGUAUUAUACAGCUGGUGAAUGAAGCUAAACAUUUACAAGAGGAAAGAAAAUUUGAAGUAUCAAAUCUUGAUGAUUUUUAAUUUCAAUUUUUUGUUUUGUUUUGUUUUCGUUCAUCAUUUCUAUAUAUGUAGAGAAAGCAUCAGCAUAUCAUUUAUUUGUUUCAUUUAUUCAUUUUUUUGUUGUUGUUGUUUUUUUUC